AUAAAUUAUAUAAAGAUAUGAACCCCUUUCACGAGCAAAAUUUCAGUAAAGUUUCUAAAUUAGAGACUCCUGAGCAUGCCUCGGAAGGUGAGAAUGAUAAGAAAACGCCAACAUUUCUAAACUCCUUCCUUGAUAUAAAAGUAGGUAAUCUUGGGGAUACAGGAGCUUCAGGCCUUAUGGGUGACAUUCAGACACACGGCACUGAUUCCAACUCAUUAUUCGUAGAUGAUCCUCCAAAGCUAAUUGACACUGAAAAUAUCUUACUAGAAGAAACAGAGACUCUUCCAGGCUUGGCUCCUCCUAGAGAUAGGAAAUCAAAAUCAUGAAUCAAGAAGCCCAAGAAGCCCAAGAAGAAGGCUAGGACGAACAAGAAGAAAUAAGAAAUCUCAGAGAGAUCAGCUAGGGAACGACUUUGAAGGCUACACUCCUACUACCACUUUCACUCAUUUAAAUCCAUGCCUGAUUCCUGAAACCCACCAGCUUUGUAAGGAACUUUCUGAAAGAAUGGGCAAUGAUGAACAAGGUAUAUCCAACAGCGAGUUUGUCGAGAUCAUUUGUGAGAGACUCGGCGAGUCUAAUAGACAAAGAACUGAAAGCCAUGACUCUCAGCGUAAAUUCAUGAAUUACAAAUUUGUCAAGCUAUUAAAAAUAAUAGUGAAGCAUGUAGGCAAGAAGAUCGUGCUUGUCCUCUUAAAAGAGACUGCAACUGUACAGGAAGGAGGUGGAAUGAAGGUAAAAGAUAAGUCAGAAGCUAGAAAUAAGACACCUGGAGGUGUCUUCAUUUACUUAUUAAAGAAUAGUUCCUCAGUGAGUGACGAAGUGAAGAAGCAAAUCUUCCAGGAGGAAAGGAAAGCAAGGAGGCAGGAGAAAGCUCUCUCAAAGAAGCUUGAAGGGCUUGCUCUUCUCUAGAGGAUAUCUUCAUCACAUAUCCUUUUGUA